CAACUUCCUUUCAAUUUUGCCCUUUUUCAACAGCUCCAACAUUCAUCAUAAUAAAAUCCUGCAAAGAUCAAAAAAUCCCUCUUCACAUCUUCUUCUUCUUUUCACAUUUCUUCCAGAAUUAAUGUUGUAUCAAUGCCUAAACGACCUCCCGAACAGCACACCGGCUUCUUAGUAUGGUGUACAGCUGUGAUCUGCGCCAUCUUAACCGUGGCAGUCAUCAUCGCCGGCAUCAUUGUGUUCAUCGGAUACAUAGCAAUCAGGCCUAAAGUGCCUCAGAUAAGCGUCACACAGGCUCAACUCGACGUGUUCGAGUAUGAUCAAGCCGGAAUCCUUGUGGUGAAGGUCACCAUUUUCAUCAGUGCGGAGAAUGACAAUGCCAAAGCUGAUGCAAGCUUUUAUAACACGAGGUUCGUUUUAGGAUUUCAAGGCAUAACGUUGGCGUAUUUGCACGCUGAUCCCUUUGAUGUGAGCAGAAACAACUCGCUGAAACUGAAGUACGAAGUUGAGUCUUCACCAAUUCCAUUAGGCCCCGCAGAACAGAAUGAUGUGUACUUUUCUCUGCUUCGAAAUGCUAUUUAUUUUGAUCUCAAGGGAAAUACAAGAACAAGGUGGAGAAUUGGUUUUUUGGGUUCAGUUAAGUUCUCAUUGAGUCUUGAUUGUCAACUUCGGUUUUCUAGGAUUGGAGACGUGAUUUAUCCAAAGUGUAGCACCAAGUCUAAAUAAAACAGAUUAGCAAUUGGCACACCGAUUGUGACUUAUGCGCUCAUUUUAAAAGUCGAAAGUUUAAACCAACAUUAGUUAAAAAAAACAAUGUAGCUUCUGCUUUUCAUUACUCCCAAGUCCUCAUUUUGACUUCUAAUCUUAGGCAUAAAUUCAUUUAUAUUUCAUUGUUCAUUUUCUUUGCUAUUGUAAUUUGAGGAUUUGGCGAAAUGAGAAUGGGAAAUCUUUAGAUGGCCUAUUUAUUUUGUCACAUGCAAUAAAAAUUAUAAUGCAUCAAACGAAAAAAAAAAAUAAAUAAACACACACACACACAAUAGUGAUACCUUUUAUUGGACGGUGGAAUAGUUUGAAGAGCACGCCAAGCAACUCUUUAUAUUUGGUUUUUCGAAUAUUUUUGCCUUGAGAGUUAGAGAUCUAUGGGAAUAAUCACCCCAAUCACCCUCUAACUUUAGUUUAUGUUUGGAUUUAGUCUUUAAAGUUACAAAAGUUUCAAUUUUGUCCCCAACAAAGAUAAUUUAGUUUUAAUUAGUCCAAUUAUUAAUGCUAUUACUACUAAGAAAAACCCGAGCUCUCACAAGCCAUGCACACUCUAGAGUCUAAACCGAGGCAUCUUUUUACAUUUUUCAUUGAUUGUUAUUUUCAUAAUGAAUUGUUAUAUACUACUCAUAAAAAUAGUUCACACUGUAAGUUAAAAAUUAUACCGAAUAAUUUAUUAUUAUUAUUAUUUUUUUUGGUAUGGUAUUGGAAGU